UGCUUUGAGGUGUAGACAAUAAAUUUCCAUACUAUGCCAACAACCGCUAAAAAUUGACAUAUCCGAGCUUUAAACAUAAAAUCGAACGUAUCGUGAUAUAUUUCUCAAAAUAAAGUGGAAAAUAUGUGAAAGAAUACGGGGCAAUUAUUUGUAUGAUUUUAUCAGACGAAUGUAAUUCUAGGAAUUAAUGAAAUAGCAUCGAGUAACAAAAAGAAACAACGUUGAACACGACACAUGACAAAAAUAAGAAUGAAUAAAGAAAUGCCGUUAGGUGUAGAAUGGAUGCCACAAAAUGCAUAUGUGCGAAGUUCCUUGGAUCAUUUGCUGCCAGGUGAACGAAAUCAACGCAGUUUUGUAUUUGUAAAACAGGAAACAGAAUACUUUGAAAGUGCAUUAAACUCACAACAUGUACAAAAUACAGUCGUGCACUUGCAAGUUUCCUCUAAAGAGAAGGAUAAGGAAAUCAAGCAAGAAAGUAGCCAUUUGGAUCCUUGUCAAACAAGCCCUUUAAAUCAGUCGCCUAAAAAAUUGAUUGAGAGUUCUGAGAGAUUGUAUAAUAGAGGUCGCAUUGAUAUAAUAGAAAUGACAGUAGAACCAACAUUCCACUAUAAAUAUUUUCUUGUUUACGAAAAUCAGCCAUCCAAGUUUGUUGUACUAAGAGCUCUCUGCAACAAUACAGCUGAAGAAGUUGCAAAGAAUUUGUUAGAUGUAUUGGCGAUCAUAGGGGCACCACGAGUACUACAGAGUGGUAAUGGACGUAAGUUUGCUGAACAAGUUGUACAUGAACUGCGUUUACUAUGGAAUGAUUCCCUCAUAUUGCACGGGGAUGUACCUAAGUGUGAAGUUAGCUGCAGGGAUUUUAAAAGCUUGCUUGAAUCUUGGAUGAGGAAGAAUCCUACCAAGACCUGGUGUGAAGGACUGAACUUUAUACAGAUUCUUCACAAUUCAACAUACCGCAGUCAGAAUGGUAAAGUUCCAUGCGAUGUAUUAUUCGGACGAGACAUACGUGAAAACUUUCAAAACUUUGAUGUAGAAAAGGAUACAGAGAGUUUGUGGACAGAGGAAGAAUGGAUUGAAUAUUUGUCACAUGGAAAAAAUAAAGAUGUAGUUACAAAAGACACACAAAGGAUAUCGGAUAGUAUCAAUUAUUGUGAAGAAAAUGAUAACAUACAAGAUACAUGCAGUCAAAAAACAUUUUCGAAAAACGACGACGUAAAUGGGUUUAGUUUUGUCAAUAUAAAGAAUGAAUCUGUCACGAGCAAUGUGCAUGCAACAGAUUCAAAUAGAGAUAAAAUUGAAGCAGAAAAAAAUGAAUUAAAGAUCGAUGACAAUACACAAUAUCUUAAGUGCAAAUACUGCCAAAAGCGAUACAUGAAGCUGGGACAUUUGAAGAAUCACAUGAGAACUCAUAAAGCGCAACGAGUUCUCCGAUGCAAGUUGUGCAAUAAAACAUUCAGUGUCCCAAGAUUAUACUCGAAGCACAUGAAGCAGUCGCAUGGACAAGAUAAAUUGAUUAAAGCUGAUGAGGAAGAGGAGGUACCAGUUAGAAGAAAUACCAGAAGCAAUACUGCUGACACGGUAACGACCGUUUCCAAUGAAGAAAGAUCCGAGAUUCGGACAUAUAACGAAAUUUCUGAUCCCGAGACAACGGAUGAAGGUUGCGACGCAUUACUAGAUGAUACGAAAAAUUCCUAUAACAAGACUGCCAAGAUCUCGAGUCAUACUGGUAGACGAAAGUUGUCUGCGGAGAGUCGGAGCGUGUCGAAAUCGCAAUCUACUUUACAGUGUACAUAUUGCGAGCAAAAGUUUAGCUUUCCCAGCGUGUUGGAGAGGCACAUGCGAUCGCAUACGAACGAACGACCGUAUGUGUGCGAUGUGUGCAACAAGAGUUUCAAGCAGCUAGGCCACCUUAGCCAGCACUCGUUAACGCAUCACGACUAUCGCUCGUUCCAGUGCACGGUGUGCGGCGUAAAAUUCGAUUCGCUAGACUCGCUGAAGCAACACGCGCAUUCGCAUAAAGGUGACACGACAACAAUAACGACAACGACGACAUCCAAGAUCCGUGACGUUUAUCGUCUAUUUGAAUGCGACAACUGCAAAAAGGUAUUUACGACGAAGAGCGUGCUGGAACGACAUAUAUUUACACACACGCAGGAACGUCAAUACGACUGCAAGGUGUGCGGCAAACGUUUCAAGCAGGCUGGCCACGUAAAAUCGCACAUGCUAGUCCAUACAGGCGAGCGCCGCUUUCAGUGUACCGUGUGCUCGAAACGUUUCAGCUUAUCGAACUCGUUGAAGAAGCACAUGUACGUGCACAAUGGUGAGAAACCGUAUCAAUGCGACGUAUGCGGUGCGCGUUUCCUGGAGAAGCGCAAUCUCAACGGUCAUCUGCUGACGCACACCAACGAACGUCCGUAUUGCUGCAAAAUCUGCGGCAAACGAUACACUUUGGCAGACACUCUGCGCCGUCACGUGAGCGCCGCACACGAGGAUGGUCGUACUUAUCAGUGUGAGAUCUGCGCCAAAAUGUUCAAGCAGCUGGCGCAUUUAUCGGUGCACAAAAAGGUACACAACGAUGAACGACCGUUCCAGUGUCAUCUGUGUGAGAAGAAUUUCAAGCACAAGAACGUGCUCAAGUCGCAUCUGGCGAUCCACGCGAAUGUACGACCGUUUGAAUGCGAUGUGUGCAAGGCCACAUUCGUCAGGAAGACAAAUCUACAGACGCACAUCUCGUCCGCGCACAUGAACGAGCGUCCGUACGCCUGCACCAUUUGUGGCAAGCGCUUCAAGCAGAUCAGUCAUCUGAACGGUCACGUCGUUGUGCACAGCAAUCUGAUGCCCUACAAGUGCGACUAUUGCGAUCGUCGAUGCAAUCGAUUGGACAACCUGAAAAAACACAUGCGUCUUCACACAAAGAACAAGGAGUAAGAAAUAUGAAGAAUUUCUAAAGAACCGAAUUAGUCUUUCCUCUCGAGAGACCAGAAUGUAAAUUCUGGAAAGCUAAUGAAAGAAAAGUUUCAUACAGAUUAUCACGUCAAAUAUCUUUUCUGAGCUGAAUCUAUAUUUUUUAGAUGAAUGCUCUAUUUAUGAGUAUUAUAUCACGUAUAAAACUUUAUUAUGUGUAGCUUCCUAAAUUUCAUCAAAUUAUUGAUUCUAUAGAAGUUCCUAUAGAAGAAAAUGAUAAUCUCAUAGCUAUUGAGAUGAUUGAAGUAAUGAGAGAGAUGUGUUUACUGUGGAUGAAUCAAAAAGUAUUUUAGAUUUUUCUAUUAUACAAUGUUAUUGCAAUUGUUAUGAAGAAUUAUUUG